CUUCCGCGUCCUGGCUCCGCCCAUUGCUAAACAGCGAAGGGGCUGGGAAUUCUUCCUCUUCACCCUCGCCCCUGCCCUCCCACUCUCCACGUUUGCAGUUUGGGGAAGCCGGGAUUUCAGCCGAACUUGCUCUUGAAUAUUCUCCUCGUUGUGUUCGCUCCUCGCAAUAGAUAUGCCGAGAAUGGGGUCGACCGGGAGGCGGCGACACCGCUGCUGCUCGCCCCUGCUCCUUGCUUUGCUAGUUAGUUGCGUAGCAUGCCAGGCUCCGCCGGUGCCGGCUGGGGAGACCCACUGGGAUGGAAAAGACGUGUUGAUCGAGCGCAAGUACGUGCCGGACAAAUGCCUGCGCACCGUUAUUUCCGGCGAUUUCGUACGCUACCAUUACCAUGGCACUUUGUCCGACGGCAAAAAAUUCGAUUCCAGCUAUGACAGGGGCUCAACAUUCAAUGUUUUUGUGGGGAAAAAUCAGCUUAUUGCUGGGAUGGAGAAGGCUCUGCUUGGCAUGUGUGUAAAUGAAAGACGAUUUGUAAGGAUUCCAUCCCAUCUUGAAUAUGGAAAUGACAGAGUUUCCAGUGUACUUCUUGCAAAUUCUGUUCUGAAUUUUGAUGUCCUUCUGGUUGAUGUUUGGAAUUCUGAAGACCAAGUUGAAAUUCAGACUUAUCACAAGCCAGAAAAUUGUACAAGGACAAUUCAGGUGUCUGAUUUUGUAAGAUACCAUUAUAAUGGAACAUUUUUAGAUGGAACACUAUUUGACUCAAGUCACAAUAGAAUGCGAACUUAUGACACUUAUGUAGGAAUUGGGUGGUUAAUCCCUGGAAUGGACAAAGGUCUUCUUGGAAUGUGUGUAGGAGAAAAGCGCAUAAUCACAGUACCACCUUUCUUGGCAUAUGGAGAGGAUGGAGAUGGGAAAGAAAUACCUGGCCAAGCUUCUCUUGUCUUUGAUGUAGCUCUUCUAGAUCUACACAAUCCUAAAGACAGGGUUAAUAUAGAAAAACUGUUUGUGCCAAAGUUGUGUGAACGUCACACCCAAAUUGGGGACUUCCUCAGGUAUCACUAUAAUGGUACUCUUCUUGAUGGAACAGUAUUUGAUUCCAGUUACUCACGAAAUCAAACCUAUGACACCUACAUUGGCAAAGGUUAUGUGAUUGCUGGGAUAGAUGAAGGUUUGCUUGGAGCAUGUGUUGGAGAGAAAAGGAGAAUAAUAAUACCACCUCAUGUUGGGUAUGGAGAAGAGGGAAGAGGAAACAUUCCAGGAUCUGCUGUUUUGGUAUUUGAAGUUCAUGUGAUAGAUUUUCACAAUCCUUCAGAUUCAGUUGCUGUUACAACCUAUUAUAAACCUACUAAUUGUUCAGUGCUAAGCAAGAAAGGUGAUUACUUGAAGUAUCAUUACAAUGCUUCUCUCCUAGAUGGCACUUUAUUAGAUUCAACGGUUAGCCUUGGAAAAACAUACAAUAUAGUUCUAGGUUCUGGACAAGUUGUACUGGGAAUGGAUAUAGGUCUCCGAGAGAUGUGUGUGGGAGAAAAAAGAACAGUUGUUAUUCCUCCUCACUUUGGUUAUGGAGAAGCCGGAGUUAAAGGAGAAGUUCCUGGAAGUGCUGUAUUACUGUUUGACAUUGAGCUGCUUGAUUUAGUAUCUGGCUUACCAGAAGGCUAUAUGUUUGUGUGGCAUGAUGAAGUGUCACCAAACCUCUUUGAAGAAAUAGACAAGGAUAACAAUGGAGAAGUUAUUCUAGAAGAAUUCAAUAAAUAUAUCCACGACCAAGUCAAUUCUGGCAAAGGAAAGCUAGCCCCUGGUUACAAUUCGGAAACAAUUGUGAAAAAUAUGUUCAACAAUCAGGACCGAAAUGGAGAUGGCAAGAUUACUUCUGAAGAAUUUAAACUGAAAGACCAGGAGACACAGGGACAUGAUGAACUGUAACUUAGUUGGAUUUUAUGAGCUGAACUGAUGUUAGAAAUAAUCUGAAAUCCCUAUGCAUAGUUAAAGAAAGGGAUGUGGAAAUGAAUAUGUCUUGAUGUUGAUACUGACACAAUAAGGUAUAAAAUUAAGAUUUUAAUUUUUUUUUAAAAUGCACGGUGCCUUAAAAUGUAUUUUAAAGAUUUAAAAAAAUAUAAUUCCACCAUAGUGACUAUUCAGCUUUUUUUUCAGAAAUGUGAAUUUUCUGGAAAAAAGCAAACAUUUUCAAAUGCAAAUUAAUAUGAUUCACAUUUGUUUAUUUUUUUUCAAUAUUUAUAAUAUUUGGACUGCAUGAUUUGAAAUGAAAAAAUGUCCUAAACUUAAACAUUAUUUAAAAAAAAAACCUAUGUGAUAAAACCUGACAUCAGGUUAUCUGAGUUAAUGGGGCUUUAUCACUUUCUUGUCUUGGUAGGUUUCUACAAAUGGUUUUUACUUGUUCAGGACAUUUUCUACAUUGUGAUUUCUCAUAAAUGGUUAUUAACACUUUAACACCAUAUUUUUCAGAGUAUAAGACGCACCAAGGUUUUGAAGAGGCUUUUUUUAAAAAAAAAAAAGUUUUGCACUCUGCAAACUUCCCCAAAAUGGUCCGUCUUAUACAUUGAAAAAUACGGUAACUGCUUCAUGACUAUUACCAAAUGCUUUGAGAGUCUUCUGUGUUUAAUUGUAGAAAAGAAUUAGAACUCUUAAAGAUUAAAGCUAUAGUGAUAGCGGUUCUAUUUUAACAAAAGCAAUAAUAAAAUUUAAAUAGUGUGGAACAAAAUGCUAGCAGAGAAAUUAACAAAAUUUUGCCAGUAAAACUCAACAAAAUCUGAUGAAUAUAGUAUGAAUGUCAAGCUGCUUUUCCGCUGCAAAGAAUGACUAAUGGAAUAAAUGUUGCAUCAGUCAUGCUUUUACUGUAUGAAGCUGUUGAUCAAUUGUUCAGCUGUGCAUUGAAUAUUUAAAAUGUGUGUUUGUCUUUUAUAUAUUUUAAGAAAAAGAAAUAAAAAUGAAUUGUAAUAAUGUGCAUGAAGCUGUUGAUUGCACCUGGGUAAUUUAACAUGGCCAGUCCAUCUAACUCAAGUAUUUUGAAGUGAUUUUUUCAAUCCACUCUCAAAUACUGGCUUUGUCAAUAAAAUGCAUUGUCAAAUAAUAAACAUAUUAGGACAGAAAGUUACUAAAGAAGGGAACGUAACGCCUCUACCAUGAGAAUAGUAGAAAAUGUAUAUUUCCCGAGAUAGUGGGACGUGUAAUUGUAGAAAGAGGCUAUUUUACAGCACUCUUUUUUAGCUUUAUAAGAAGUACAAUUGUAUAGGUUUUCUAUGAUAUUAACACUAAUACCACGUUCUGUCAAAUGCAAUGCAUUCCAGUAUUAAAUAAAAUGCUGACAAGUACA